AUGAGUUCAGUGAAUCAUUCUAAAGUUAAACAACUUCAAGAAAUGUUCCCGAAUCGUUCAAUCGAAACUAUUAGACGUGUUUUACUAGAUCAAAAUAAUUACGUUCCAAAUGCAAUUAACAUUUUAUUAGAACUUAAGCCAGAUAAGAAAACAAAGCAAACUGAAGAUGAUCAACCACGAAAUAUACUUCCAAAAGGUUUCCUCUGUUGGCCUUAA